AUGAAGAGCCUGGCUUGCGCCGUGCUGCUUCCUCUUGUCGCUGCGCAAUUCGUGCCGGCGCCGACCGAUUUAAUCACCAAAGAGGGUUAUGCCGGCAUCAAUGUUCGUUACAAGGAGGUGCCCACUGGAAUCUGCGAGUUGGACCCAAAUGUCAAGAGCUAUUCUGGUUAUGCGGAUGUUGAUGAGAAUCAACACAUUUUCUGGCAAGUAGACUGUCAAUUGGUCAACGGAAUGGCGCUGACCGCAACAGGUGGUUUUUCGAGGCCAGAAAUGGGGAUCCCACCGAGCCAGGCGCCGUUGACUGUCUGGAUCAAUGGUGGGCCGGGAUCAUCCUCCAUGAUCGGCUUGUUCCAAGAACUAGGGCCAUGCGGAGUAGACAUUAAUGGGCAGCCAUACAACAACCCGUACUCUUGGAGCAACGUCAGUAACAUGCUGUUUGUCGACGAGCCGACCACGGUUGGUCUGUCCUAUUCGAUCCCGAUUCCUGGAUACGAGGACGAUUAUGGCAACAUUGUCCAACUGCCAGACACGACCUGCCCGGAUUACGCUGAGCAAUAUGGCACUUGCGGAACGUAUUCCAAGCCGGACCUGACCUUGGUCCCCAACACUACCCUGGGCGCGGCGCCAAACAUGUGGAAGACGCUUCAAGGAUUCAUGGGGGCCUUUCCCGAGUACUCGAGAAAUGGCUUCAGUUUCACUACAGAGAGCUACGGCGGCCACUACGGCCCGGUAUUCAACGAAUACUUUCUCGAGCAGAAUGCAAAGAACAUUUCGGGCGCACACAAGAUUGAACUCGAGAACGUCUUGAUUGGCAAUGGAUGGUUUGAUCCACUGAUCCAGUACCAGGCUUAUUACAACUUUUCAGUAUACCCGGGUAACACGUAUGAUUACGAUCCAUACACGGAUACGCAAAAGGCCGAGUGGUACAAUAACCUCUAUGGAGCGGGCAACUGCUAUGAUCAGACGGUGCAGUGCAAGGAAACUGGACGAAACGAGGUGUGCUCGGCAGCCGACAACUUUUGCUACUACAAUGUCGAGGCUCCGUACGACGUCUACUCGGGCCGUGACGAGUACGACAUGCGGGAGCUGACGCCGGAUCCAUUCCCGUAUUCCUUUUAUGUCGACUACCUCAACACUCCCGAGGUGCAAGCCGCGAUUGGUGCGUACCAAAACUUUUCCGAGAGCUCAAAUACCGUCUACACGGCCUUUUCCAAUACCGGCGAUGACGAUCGUGAAUCCAAUACCAUUGAGGAUGUGCGAAAGCUGCUCGCUGCUGGAAUCCAAGUGAUUCUCUACUAUGGAGAUGCCGACUACAACUGCAAUUGGCUUGGUGGUCAGGCAGUUGCCAAGGAGAUUGAUGCACCAGGAUUCACCGAUGCUGGUUUUGUCAAUAUUACAACGUCUGACGGUGUCGUACACGGUCAAGUAAAGCAGAGCGACCUCUUUAGCUUUGUCCGCAUUUACGAGUCUGGCCACGAGGUGCCAUUCUACCAGCCAUUGGCCUCGUUGGAGCUGUUUGAAAGAGCGCUCGCCAGAAAAGACAUUGCGACGGGAGAGGAGGAUGUGACGUGCAACGGUUCAUACAAGACUGUAGGCACGGCGACUAGCGACUACAGAGAGGGCAACAGCACCAUUGUAUUCGAGGUCCUGCCCAGCAAUGCGACGUACAAUACCGAACUGAACGGACCGGACCCUGUGCCCACUUGGUCAGCCACAAGCGCCGCAAAGAGGAGGGACCUCUCGGGGUCGGAACAAUCGCAGACGAGGAAAAGGAGCCUCCGCAAACUCGGGAGACCGGUCAGAUCCAAGGGCGGCAAGCGUCAUUUGUAG